AUGGAAGAACUUGCCCAGGCUGGGGUGCUCCCGAUGCUUGAAUGGGAAACCGAGCAAUCUUAUAUGUCCAAAGAUGAAACAAUGCUCACAUUGGUACAAGGGGCUAAGAGUAGAUUGAAUCUCCAUCAGUCCAAAGCCUCGAGAUUGAUUCAAUCAGAAGCAUAG